AAGCUCGCCUUUUCCGCAAUUCACUCCCGCAAGCAAUAACAAAUGCUUAGCAAACACGGGUAAAAGCACCCGCGCCCGCCCGCCUAAACUACACCGAGGGCAGGAAGCAAAGCGAGCAAGCGAGCAAUCCCCAGUCCCCACUCCAACCCGGCAGCCGGCAGCCUCACUCCACUCUCCACUCCACUAGUCCGUUGCAAACGGCGGCCUUGCUGCCGGUGAGGGAGGUCCCCGUUUUAAUAUAGUAACCGCAGCAGGAGUUACAGAGGAGAGAGAGGGAAGCAGCGCCGCCGCAGUCCCUCUCGCAGCGGCAGGGCGGAAGCUGCUGGCACUGCUGCGUCGCGUGCAGCGUGCGCCCCCGCCUUGGCUUCUCUUUUGCUUCCUAGCCUCUGCCUCCCCCCACCCCGAGGAGAAAAAAAGAAAGCUUUUUAAAAAAAAUCCCACCCCCACCUCGCCUCGCCCGCUGCGACAGCGCAUACGCUCCUCCCGUUGCGUACACCGUAUGUAUCUACGGUGACGGGCGCGAGCGGCGGGUAGGGUUUGGUUUCGUCUCCGGCGCGCGGCGGCGGAGGUGGAUCUGGGAGUGCGAGAGGGAUGGGGAACCGGAUAGGCGGGAGGCGGAAGGCGGGGGUGGAGGAGCGCUACGCGCGGCCGCAGGGCCUCUACGAGCACAGGGACAUCGACCAGAAGAAGCUCCGCAAGCUGAUCCUCGAGGCCAAGCUCGCGCCCUGCUACCCGGGCGCCGACGACGCCGCGGCCGCCGGCGCCGGGGACCUCGAGGAGUGCCCCAUCUGCUUCCUGUACUACCCAAGCCUCAACCGUUCAAAAUGUUGCUCGAAGGGGAUAUGUACUGAAUGCUUUCUUCAAAUGAAGCCAACUCAUACUGCUCGGCCUACGCAAUGCCCAUUUUGCAAAACUCCCAAUUAUGCAGUGGAGUAUCGUGGUGUGAAGACAAAGGAGGAAAGGAGCAUAGAGCAGUUUGAAGAACAGAAAGUGAUAGAAGCACAGUUGAGGAUGCGUCAGCAAGCACUUCAAGAUGAAGAGGAUAAGAUGAAAAGAAAACAGAUCAGGUCGUCUUCUAGCAGAACGGUAACCCCAACAACAGAAGUGGAGUAUCGAGAUAUAUGCAGCACAUCCUUUUCAGCGCCAUCAUAUCAAUGUAAUGAGCAAGGAACUGAAUGCUGUUCAUCUGAACCCUCAUGCUCUGCCCAGGCUAGCAUGCGGCCUUUCCAUUCUAGGCAUAAUCGCGAUGAUAACGUUGACAUGAAUCUGGAGGAUAUGAUGGUUAUGGAAGCGAUUUGGCGGUCCAUUCAGGAACAGGGACAUCUAGGAAAUCCUGUUUGUGGCAGCUACUUCCCUGUAAUCGAGCCACCGUCACGUGAAAGGCAGGCAUUCCUUUCAGCUGCUCCUCUAGAAAUACCUCAUCCAGGUGGAUUUUCUUGUGCGGUUGCGGCUUUGGCUGAGCACCAGCCACCAAGCAUGGAUUUCUCUUACAUGGCUGGCAGUAGCACAUUCCCAGUCUUUGAUAUGAUCUGCCGACCAUGCAAUAUCUCUGGUGGAAGCAUGUGUGCUGUGGAGAACAGCUCACUAGAUAGCUGGAGCGGGAUAGCACCAAAUUGCAGCAGAGAAGCGGUAAGAGAGGAGGGAGAGUGCUCAACCGACCACUGGUCGGAGGGUGCGGAGGCUGGAACAAGCUAUGCUGGAUCGGACAUCGUGGCUGAUGCAGCGACCAUGCAACCAUUGCCCUUUGCUGAACAUUUCGCCAUGGCUCCAAGGCACUUUCGUCCCGAGAGCAUCGAAGAGCAGAUGAUGUUUUCCAUGGCUGUCUCUCUAGCAGAAUCUCACCAUGGUAGAACACAAGCGCAAGGGCUGGCAUGGCUGUAAGUUGUAACACUAAUUUUGACGCCUCGCUGCCCUCCCCCUUGCGCUGCUGCUCGACUUCACCCCCCCCCCCCCCCCUGCUUCUGCGUCUUUUUGCCACACUUUUGGCCUCCUGUUUCUUUUCCUUUUUUGGCAUGUGUUGCUUUAUGGCUUGAUAUAGAUCCUGCUAUAGCCCUCCAUUGUCAUUGCUUAUAUGUAUGUAAAAUGGAAUGUGGAAAUAGAAAAGAAAAUGGGUCAUCGUUUCAUUUGCUGGUA